UAUGGAAAACUGCGUCACUCUGACCAAAUCAGUUUCACCUCCCAGCGUUGUUGACAGAGGAAGGAUGUUGCACAUGGCUUGGAUCUGAUGGGACUCACAACAACUAUUUGAUUUUUAACAUUCAUGAGAAGCAAAGAUCGACCAAGACGCGUUUACGUGAUGGAGACAUAGUCGGGAUUUAAUUGUGCUUGUUGCUGCAGCUGCUGCUCACAAUGAUCCUCUGAUGGAUUUAAUGGAGCUGACUGGUAGCAGAGCUUUGCAUCCGAACCGUUCACAUCCUGCGUAUUAGAAGCAACUUUUUAUGCCACAACAUGGAUGGAAAUCAAAAUAACUACUGGGGUCACCAAGAAAUGCACAGAGAGUGCUUCGGCCUGAGUGCUGACAUGGACCCCAGCCUGACUGAGCUGCAGCAGCAACAAACGGCCAAGCAGUUUAACUCCAGCAUCUCUGUCCGCUUUCCUGCUUACCACUCGGAUGCUUUCAAGUGCGACGGAGACCAGGUGGUCCCCUCCUCCCAGAGAAGGGUCCGACAGAAAGAGGCCAAACCCCUCCCGCCGCUUCCUGACCCUGAGGACCUCAUGUCAGAUGAAGCUGCAGACAGUGAGGUUGAAUUCUUUACCAGUGACCGCCAGCGCCUCCUGCCCAAAAGCUGCCCGAAAGCAAUAACCAGAAGCAGCAACAGAGACUGCGGUCAGAUAAAUUACGCCUACCAGGGGGGGUCAUUGGAGAUAAGAGCUAUAGGCUCUGACUCCAUUGCUUUCUCUUGGCCAAGCAGAGAGGACAGACUGCUUGGUAGAGGAAGCAGACCUCUUACAAACAACUGUAAUUUUGAUUACUUUGCUCAUGAGAAAAGAGACAGCCAGCAUGAUGUGUCUGCUCUUAGAGCUGGUUUUGGUGACAAACAGUCAGAGCAUCAAGCCUCAUCCAGAAACUGUUUUUCCUGUUCAGGUCCCCCUAUUCCUCCUAUAAAACCUCAAAUCCCUCCUCGUAUCCCCAUCCCACCUAAACCCUCCUCUCUCUCCAAGCCUGUGAGCAACUCUGAGGAUGAAAAGCCUCCCAAAGUCCCUCCAAGGGUCCCCUUGGUCCCACCCUGCCCACCACGCACCCCAAGCCCCAAAAGCCUCCCAAUUUACAUCAAUGGAGUGAUGCCCGUCACACAGAGUUUUGCUGCUAAUCCAAAUUAUGUGAGUAAGGCUUUACAGAGACAGCAGAGCGAAAGGGCACCACCAGCUGCACAGUUUUCUCCUUGUAUCGUUCCCAUUCUGAAGGACGGCAAACAGGCCAGCGCCACGCAUUACAUUCUGCUGCCGCCGGGUCGGCCCGCGCACGCAGAGAGACGGGGAAGGAUUCUGAGCGAGCCUGAUAGGACUGGAUGCGUCUGGCAGAAAAGAUAGAAUCCUUUGAACGAAUACAAGACAGUGACUGACGUUAGGCAUGGGCUGGUAGGGGAUGCUUACAGUGGAAUUCUUAGUUUUCUUUUU